AUGUGUACUGGAGUAGUGGAUCACCAAGAAUCUAUACCGGCAAAGCCAACAACAAGAAAUGUCCACCGGGUUGUACCUGUCCGAAUUGCUGGGGGUGCAAUUGUUAACUGCCGGGGAGGAAUUGAUGCCAACAAAGUGAACGAGUUGUUCCAAGAGCAUUUGUCAAAUUAUUUUACAUUCAGUUAUUUAGACUCUCUACCUGCUGAUUUCAGCCAGUUUGACCUGACAAAUGUAAACAAAAGUUUAGUUGAAUUAAGGUAUGAUUUACAACAAAUCAGAAACCUAAAAGUCAAGGUAGUGGUCUAAUAGUCAUUGGGUGCCACAAGCUUGUACAAAAAAAAAUAAUAUAACACUUUUAAGUAAUAGAUUUUAGUAAUGUAUUUCAUCCAAACUUUUCAUGCCAUUUAACACUUUGGCAUAAAUCAAUGCCACAGAAAUUUUACGAUUAACUGGCACCAUAAAUAUCUUUAUUAUAAAUUCCCCCUCAAAAAUGAAAUUGGCAACUCCCAAUGUCAAUAACUAGUUUUACAUACAGCCCAUCAUAAAUUUUUUCCACAUACCACUUUGCAUUGUCUCACAAUGUAGGAAUUUGAAAUGGAAAAUUUAAUAUUGAAUGGAUAAUUGACUUUCAAAAAAUGUUGCAUAAGGGUGCCAAAAAAGAGCAUGUACAAUGUUUCAUGAUACAAACAAUAACAAAUACCUUGUAGAGUGUAUACAGAUGAGGCCAGACAUGACUUGGAUUUGCUGUCCAACACUUGGCUAGUUGACGAAUUUGAACAGUCCCUUAAGAGCAUGGCAAAUUAUAGACAAGCAAUGCAGCACCUCAAUGAAGUUUGCCGAUCACUAAGCGAAUACAUGGAAAAGAACCUACUGCUCUUAGCUGGUGAUUGGCCAACAUGGUACUACAACAAGAAGCUU